AUGACCCGGAACCCCGGGACCUUACAGAACCUAUACGACAAGGAACCCCAGGAUCUUACAGAACCUAUACGACCAGGAACCCCAGGAUCUUACAGAACCAACACGACCAGGAACACAGGGAUCUUACAGAACCUAUAUGACCAGGAACCCCAGGAUCUUACAGAACCAACACGACCAGGAACACAGGGAUCUUACAGAACCUAUACGACCAGGAACCCCGGGAUCUUACAGAACCUAUACGACAAGGAACCCCAGGAUCUUACAGAACCAACACGACUAGGAACCCCGGGAUCUUACAGAACCAACACGACUAGGAACCCCGGGAUCUUACAGAACCUAUACGAUAAGGAACCCCAGGAUCUUACAGAACCAACACGACCAGGAACACAGGGAUCUUACAGAACCUAUACGACCAGGAACCCCAGGAUCUUACAGAACCUAUACGAACAGGAACCCCGGGAUCUUACAGAACCUAUACGACAAGGAACCCCAGGAUCUUACAGAACCUAUACGACCAGGAACCCCAGGAUCUUACAGAACCAACACGACCAGGAACACAGGGAUCUUACAGAACCUAUAUGA